AUGAAGCUCAAAGAAAUCCACAGGACGUCGACCUUUGCAUGGUCGCCAUCGCCGUCAUUGCCGUUGCUGGCGACGGGAACGGUGGCAGGCGCACUCGACGAGUCCUUCAGCAAUAACGGCCAGCUCGAAAUAUGGGCUCCGGAUUUCCUGGACAAAACGCAGUAUGACCUUGGUCAGGAGGGCCAGGCGGGGCCAAAGGCGUCGGUUACGACCACAUCACGAUUCAACCGUUUAGCAUGGGGCUACACAGACGCAAGUCGACCGCGGGGUGUGCUCGUCGCGGGCAUGGAGAACGGCGAGCUGGACAUUUGGGACCCUGCGAAGAUCGUCGCAAAUGCUGAAGUCCCUAAUCCUACGCAACUCAACGCAUACGGGCCCGUACGGGGACUUGACUUCAACCCGAUUCAGACGAACUUGUUUGCGUCAGGCGCGGUGAACGGAGAGAUAUACAUCUGGGAUCUCAGAGACCCAAGUAAACCGUACUCGCCUGGUACCCGCAGUACGAAGCUGGACGAAAUCACGGCCCUAGCAUGGAAUCACCACGUUCAGUACGCUCUCGCAGCAUCCAGCAGCACCGGUUACACCGUCGUCUGGGAUCUUCGAGGCAAGCGAGAAGUUGCAGCCCUCACAUACGGCGGCGGCGCAGGUACAAUGGGAGGUGCUAUGCAAGGAUUUGGCGGCGGGAUGGCCAUGGGCGGUAGGCGUGGUAUGAGUGACGUCGCAUGGCAUCCGGACAAUGCUACUCGUCUCGUCACAGCAUCUGAAGACGACACGUCGCCCGUUAUCAUGGUUUGGGACCUGCGGAAUGCUCGUGCUCCCGAAAAGAUCCUCACUGGGCAUGAGAAGGGUGUCCUGUCGCUGUCAUGGUGCAAACAAGAUCCGGAUCUGCUGUUGUCGUGCGGCAAGGACAACCGUGCCCUGUGCUGGAACCCGCAGACGUCAGAGAUAUUGGCGAGGUACGUGGCGAAAGACAAUUGGGCGUUCCAGGUGCAGUGGUGUCCUCGGAAUCCGGAUCUGUUCGCAACCGCGUUCUUCGACGGCACCAUCGGUAUCCACUCAAUUCAGUCUACCAACGAGGCCGCGGAUGUCCCACCUGUCACGCCGCAGACAGACGGCUCUGAUAUCUUCGGCGCCUCUGGUUUCUCGCGCGCAUCUCAGGCAACGCUCUCACUGAAACACCCGCCGAAGUGGCUGCGCCGGCCUGUAUCCAGUUCGUUCGGCUACGGCGGCAAGUUGGCUAGCGUCUCGAACCUACCCUCUGCCCAGGGCAAGACGCAGAGCAGCAUCGUGCACAUCCGGAAGGUCGUUACUGAACCUUCCAUCGCUGAGCGCGCCGUGAAGCUUCAAGAUGCGGUCGAGGGCGAGACUCUGAGUACGUUCGCAGAAAGGAAGACGUCGGAGGUCAAGGUUGCGGAAGCUUCCGCCAGCUGGAAAGCGCUGCUCAGUCUGUUCAAGGCCGACUCGAGAGAUGAACUCAUUACGCUGCUUGGAUUUUCGAAGGACGAAGUGGCAGCUCGCGUGGCGGAGGCUGUCGAGAAGCUCAAAGCGUCCGCUGAGGCGCCUGCGACUCCCAUUGAGGACGACAUAACCGAGGCGGCCUCAGACACAGGCUACAAGCCGCCCGUGGUAUCGUUUGCGGAGCCUGAGAGCGAGGCCCGAUCGGACAGUGGAGGGGAGGAUGUCGUUGGCGAGGACGCCGACGAGACCGGGUCUACCGCGGCGGAAGCGACACCCUCCGAGGUCAGCGCCAGUGCCGCAUCAGACAACACCAACAUCCCUGUAGCAGAUGCCGAGUCUACGACCACUGCGCCAAGUCUCUUUGGGGAUGAGAUCAUCGGGACGCCUCAAUUGGACGCUGCGGCAGACUUCUUUGGUAGCAUUGGCACUGGACAGAGGAACGAUGACCAGAUCCAGAUUCCGCACAGGAAUUACGGCCUCGACUCCUCGGUUGCGGCGACGAUCGGUUCGGGACCCUCAUCUGUGGCUUCAGAGGCACUGCAGAGCAACACAUUCAAGAUCUAUCCGCCCGACGAGUCAGAGACUGAUCGCCUAGUCACAAAGGCACUCGUUCUCGGCGACUUCGAUUCCGCUGUUUCUCUCUGUCUCUCUUCAAAUCGCUUCGCAGAUGCCAUUCUGCUCGCGGUCAAAGGCGGUCCGCAACUCCUGCAGAAGACGCAGAAGGCAUAUUUCGAGAGCCAGACCACCGCUCUGCCGUACCUACGCCUCUUCCAGUCGAUCGUCACCAACGAUCUUGCUGAUAUCGUGCAAAAUGCCGACCUCCAGGAGUGGCAGGAGAUUUUCGUCGUGUUGUGCACCUUCGCCAGCCAGGACGAGUUCUCUAGUCUUGCGGAGCAGCUGGGCCAGCGCCUGGAGUUCCAGUCGAGCGUUGCUAAGGCGUCUGGUGCUCCUGACGCUGAGGACAAAGCGACGGAGUUCAGGAGGAACGCUACCCUGACAUACCUUGCCGCCGGUCGCCUCGAGAGACUUGUGAAUAUCUGGAUCGAAGAUCUGGCCGAGGAUGAGCAUCAUCUAGUCCAGGAUGAGAGCCUGCAGGGAUCUCGAUACACGGCGCACGCGCAUGCUUUGCAGACGUUCAUCGAGAAGGUCACGGUCUUCCGGAAGAGUAGCGGCGAGGACGUCGACGCCGUCGCGUACAAGCUGUCUGGUCUCUACGAUCGCUACUUCGAGUACGCCGACCUGCUCGCUGCUCAAGGACUGGUCACGCAAGCUGUAGCGUAUCUUAAGCUCACUCCUGAUGAAUACCAGGGUUUCACAGGCUCGCCUUUGGAUUUCAAAGUCAUCAGGGACCGCCUGUUGAAGGCUUCUGGAGAGCAGAAAUUGCCUCCGAGGUCUGCGUCAUUGCAAGCGACAGUCAAGGCAGUCCCGCUCGCAUCCUCGAGCUCGACCUAUGGCUACCCAGCGUACGCUGCAUCGACUCAGCCGACCGUUGCAACGCAAGUCCCCGCGGCACCGUCGUCAUUAUACGACCCCUACGGCGCGGGCUCGGCGGGCGCGUCGAACGUGGCUAACUCGUACGCUCCUCCUGCCCCGGUAGGAAACCCGUAUGGUCACCCUGCUCAGGCCACACAACCCUCGCAGCCGUAUCAGUCAACUGCAGCGAUGACUUAUCCCAACGCAAACCCUUACGGCCGCCCAGCAUCACAACCUCAGCCAAUGGUGGGCCAAGCGCCUCCUCCACCUACCAUCCUCCCUCCUCCCCCGCCGAGAGCCGCGAAUGCCACGCCUUCCGGUCCGCCACUGCCACCCAAACGUGAUGCAGGCGGUUGGAAUGACGCACCCUCAGGUAUCGCCCAGCGCCGCGGAACAGGACCCACGAGUAGACCGGCUGCCAUCACCGCUCCCUUCCCUAAUGCGCCCAUGUCCCCGAGCCUGCCCAGCACCCCGAGCUUCGGUCAUGGCCAGCCCCAGCCCGCGUUGCCGCCACCACCCCGUCCUGGGAGCGUGCAGCAACGUCCGCCACCGCCGCCUCAGGGACAGCGCAUGCCGCCUCCGCCACAGGGUGGUCCAGGACCCUUCCCAACGCGUCCACCAUCGGGCCCUCCGAGCAGCAUGGGGCCCCCUCCUGGUCGGAUGAUGAUGUCCCCGCCACCAGGCCCUGGUAUUGCACGCUCGCCACAGGCGCCUCCUUUGCCCGGCCAAACACCGCCUCCCAUGCAAGGGCGACUCCCUCCUGGUGCCGCGCCGCAGGGCGUGCCAGGCCCGUCCGGCCCAUACGCCCGCGCGACGCCACAGCCGCAAGGCCCGCCGCCGCCGAUGGGACCUCCUGGCCAGUCGCAGUUCGCUCAGCACCCGCCGCCGCAACACCAGCAGCCGGGGCCGCAAGGGCAGUUCAUGCCCCCGCUGCAGCGAAUGAAUCCUCCGCCUGGUGGUGCGCCCCCUCAGGGUCCCCCGCAGGGCCCACCGCGCGGCGCGCCAACUGGAAACGGUUCGGCAGCGCCAGGACGCGCAGGCCCGCCGCCGCCGAAGUACCUUGGAGCGGCUGAGGCAGACUCCCCGCCCUCGCAAAAACGUCUCGUCGACGAUCUGGAGAGGAGGAUCAACCCGCUCUUCGACGCUCUCAACUGCGAGACGUUGUCGACGCCCGUGCAAGAAAAGCUGUUGGUGCUCUCUCGAGCGAUCGAGGCGCACGACCGGGACGGAGCCAUGGCCCUGCAUAUGGAUCUCCUCACGACGGGCUCGCUCACGGACGAUAUCGGGUUGUGGAUGUCGGGCGUGAAGCAGCUCAUCCUGCGCCUGUAG